UUAUUCAAAAAAUGCGUCUAGUAGAAAUUGGAGCACUUUCUGCCGAUUCGGAUCUAGUUCUAUGGGAAGCUAGUUGUGAAACAAUUUCCCAUCAAAUAUCUCUGAAAUUAGCUCGAAAGGAAGGAGGUCUCAUGGAAAUAUUCAACUCUGUUGUCGCAUCACUACCAAGAAAAUCGGAUUCCUUCAGAUUCUCGGCGAUUUCAUCGAAAACAUCGUGGGAAUCAGCUCACCGAAAUUUACUAGAAAAUUUGACGAAAACCGUGCCAGUUUUAUUGGAAAAUGGAUGGAAAAAGAGUCCGGACUUUCAGAAAAAUAGUCUUAUUGAUUUGUUCUCAUUGUUGGAAGAUGAAGAUGCGACAAGAAUUUUCAAAAUGACACAAGAAAGUCGAUCAAUUACGGAAGAUGAUGUAGAAGAUUAUUUUUCUAUGUUUGAUAAGAAAUUCGACCGUCUUCUAACCUAUGGAGCACCUCAAUUCGAAAAUUGCGUCAGAGAUUCACCGAUGCGUCAAAAAUAUGCAAAUCUAUGUGUUGAAGUGCUCGUGGCUGUUGGAGCUUCCGUGAAAAAUGCCCAAAAAAUUACCGAUUUUCUGGAAAAGCAAAGUAUGAAAGUUUCGAAAAUCUGGAUGACUCGAAUUCCGGAAAUUUUUGAAAAAAUAACCAAUUUUUACGAUUAUCCGAUGAUGUUUGAUGUGGCGAUGGCAUUGGAUGGUUUUCCAUUGAGAAAAGUCUUCUUGGCACGUCGGUUCGCAUUGCAAUCAAUUUUAGAAGUUUUCAUUGAAAUGGCUCCGAACACAAAGUACAAGGUUAGAGAAAGAGUUCGACAGGAAUUGGAAAAAGCAUCUAGAUUUGUCGGCUACGCUUCUGAAAUGGGACAUGACAAUCUUUUAAGUUCGUUUUCACCGAAAAUUGUCUCUUCAAUUGAAGAUUCGAAACAUAUACUUGAAGUAGAAACAAUUGAGCGACUUCGUAGAUGUGGUUACUUGGAAAAUCUUGGAGCUCCUCUUGAUGAACUUGUCAGAGCCCAGAUAGCAUCGAUUCGCGAGAUUUUACCACAUUUCUCUGCUGAAUUCGUACAUCUCGCACUUCGUCAUUUCUCUUACGAUUCUGAAGUCACACUGGCAAGCUUGCUGUCUCGUGAAAAUCUUCCACUGGAACUUCUGCGUUUGGAAAAUGUUGAGUUGAGAGCUGGUAUAGGAUCAGGAGAAUGGCCACCGUUGGAUUUCACUGCAUCGGAUGAAAUUGAGAAGUUGGCGAGGGCAGACAAACGGGCAAAAGAUGAGGAGACAAGAAAGAAUAAUGAAACGAAAUCUGCAUCGAACCUCUUCUCUCUCGCCCCAAUCCUCUCGGAUCGGCCACCAUCUCCACCAGUCGAUCAGCAAGCUGAACUUCGAGCACAUGCCGAAGCCUAUCGGACUUCAGUUCUUACGAAGCUUCAGAAAAUCCGAGCAGAUGCUGCUGGACCCUCAUCGCCUUCUGAAAAAAUUGCUGUUGAUGCUGAGAAUCUUGUUCCUCUUGCGACUUCGAAAAAGUAUUCGGCAUUGAACUCCUUAAAAAUCAGUGAAGCAGAUAAAGUGGCAAUUCGGCCAACAUAUAAUAAGUAUCGUUACGAGACCCCGAAUGAUGGAGGAAAUGGAGUUUAUGAUGAUGAAUACGAUGAUGAGUUUGAUGGAAGAGAAUUCAAUAUUGAAAGAUUAAACCAAGAACUAGAAACAUCGUCAGAAGAGGAUGAAGCUGGAUCUUCUGCACCACCUGGUUUAUCUCAACCACCUCCAUAUCAAGGAUCCCGUGGUGGACGUGGAGGUCGUGGAGCCCGAGGUGGCAAUCGUGGUGGAGCCCCAUCUGCAGAUGGAUAUACUGGAGGACAUGAUCGUCAAAUGAAAGAGAAACACAAGUCGGAUAUCAAGCAACGUGGAGCUGAUAGAAAGAAACGAGGAGUUUAUUGAGAAUUCGAUUUACAAACCAAUGAUUUCUUUACACUUGUGAUAGCAAUACAAUUCGGUGUAAAUUUGGCUGGGUGAUAAAUAAAUUAUAUCAGUUUAAAAAAAAACAUGUUCAAAAAAAAAUCCC